AUAUCAUCCUAUUAUAGGCUUAAUGACCGAAACGACAUUCUUUGUCAGUGCUCCAGGAAAGAUAAUUAUCUUCGGAGAACAUUCGGCAGUAUAUGGGAAACCAGCCAUUGCUGCAGCUCUUAGUUUAAGAGCAUAUUUACAAGUUAGUAGGAAUGAUAAUGAAAAUGAAAUUACAUUAAAAUUCCCCGAUAUCGAUCUUAGUUAUACAUGGAAUAAACAUGAUAUACCAUGGACUGAAAUAAGAAAGUUUAUUACUUAUGAAAAUGGAAAACCAGUAACUACUGAAGAAUUAGUUCCAGAAAUUGUCGAUAAAAUAUCUAAUUUACUUGGUGAUAUACCUUCUAGAACUCAUUUUACUACAUGUCUUUCAUUUCUUUAUUUAUAUACUCAUUUAUGUACUGAAGAUGUACCAGGAAAUACUUUUUGUAUUAGAUCUACUUUACCUAUUGGUGCAGGUUUAGGAUCUUCUGCUUCAACUGGUGUAUGUUUAGCAGCUGCAUUAUCAGUAUUAAGUGGGAAAAUUAAUAGUCCAACAACUUCAAUUCAUGAUAAAUCUUCAAAAGAUGAAACUCAUCAAUUAGAAUUUAUUGAUAAUUGGUCAUUAAUGGGAGAAAAAUGUUUUCAUGGUAAUCCAUCAGGAAUUGAUAAUGCUGUAGCAACUUAUGGUGGAGCAGUAAUGUUUCAAAGAGUAAGUGUACCAUCUCAACCAUCUAUUCGUACAACCAUGAGAAAUUUCCCCUCCAUGAAAUUACUCCUUACCAAUACUAAAAUUCCUAGAAGUACAGCGGAUUUAGUGGGUGGAGUUGCUAAAAGAAAUUCAGAAUAUCCAAAAUUAACUUCUCCAAUUUUAGAUGCUAUGGGUAAUUUAGCUUCUGAAGCUUAUAAAAUUAUGACAGCACCUGAAUUUGGUCAUGUUGAACUUGAAACUUUAAGAGAAUUAGUAGAAAUUAAUCAUGGAUUAUUAGUAGCUAUUGGAGUUUCUCAUCCUGCUUUAGAAAAAGUUAAAGUUAUUGCUGAUAUUAAUAAGAUCGGUGCAACAAAAUUGACAGGUGCUGGUGGUGGAGGAUGUGCAAUAACUUUAAUUGAUGAAUCGUCACCAAUAGAAUCUAUUCAUAAAGCCAUUAAUGAAUUUGGAAGAGAAGGUUUUGAUUCAUUUGAAACAUCUUUAGGAGGAAAAGGAGUAGCAAUGUUGACCAAACAUGAUGUUAGUGAAGAAAAUAGAAAUGUCGUAUUCUCCUUAGAGGAAUUCUCCGCCUUAAAGGAUAGCAUAAGUAUUGAGCAUCAAAUAGGUACUUCAGGUACUAAUAAUUGGAAAUACUGGUAAUGUUCAUUUUCAUGUAAAAGUUUUGCAUUAUUUUCUGUUAAUAGAGUAAAAUAGAAUGUAUAUAAUACAAAAGUUAAUAAUAAUAAUAAUAAUAUGUAUUAAUAAA